AUGAGCUGGAGUGAGGCUAAGGACAAAGAAGGACGUGUUUACUAUUACAACGCCGAAACAAAGGAGACAAAGUGGGAAAAACCUGAAGAGUUACAAUCUCCAUUGGAAAAAUUAUUAGCUAAAACUGACUGGAAACAAUUUUCUGCUGAAGGUGGUAGAACUUAUUAUUAUAACUCCAAAACAAAAGAAUCUGUAUGGGAAAUACCCAAGGAAAUUCAAGCUGAGCUAGAAGCUGCUAAAGAUGUUGAAGACUAUCAAGAUAAUGCAGCUGCUAUAAAUAUAAACAAUGGGACAGGGUUCCAAUCAAUCAUAGAUCCAAGUGAACAAUAUCAUAAUACAUCACCAUUAUUCAACUCUGAUAUCAAAGCUAGGGAUGUUAGAACAGCAAAUGAAAAAUUUGUGGAAAUGCUUAGAGAAAAUGAAGUUGAUGCUACAUGGUCCUUUGGUAAAAUUAUGACAUUUUUCAUUAAAGAUCCAAGAUAUUGGUUAGUUGAAGAUUCUUUAGAGAAGAAACAUCUUUUCGAAACAUAUUUAAACAACAGAACCAAAGAAGAAUUAUUCAAGGAAAAUAAUUCUAUAGAGAAAUUUAAAGAAGCAUUUUUAGGUUUAUUACAUAGUACAAGAUCAAUUAAAUAUUAUACAAGAUGGAAAACUGCAAGAAGAUUAAUACAAGAUGAACCAAUUUAUGCACAUUCUGUUAUCAGUGAAAAAGUUAAAAAGCAAACUUUCCAAGAUUUCGUUGAUGGACUACGAAGAGAACAUGAAGAAGCCAACAAAAAGUUAAGAGAUCAAGCUUUAUUAGAAUUAAAUGAAUAUUUCAAGACCAUGAAUCUAAAUUUAAGUUCAACUUGGGAAUCAACUCACAAUUCUAUUAAAUCUGAUACAAGAUUCAAACAAAAUAAACAUUUUGAAGUAUUAAAUCAAUUAGAUCUUAUAAAUAUUUAUUUAGAGAACAUAAAUAGUUUACAAACAAAUCAACAAGAAAGAAUUCAAAACAUUUCCAAGGAAAAUUAUAGACAUGACAGAAAAGCUCGUGACGAAUAUAAAGCAUUAUUAGCGGAAUUGAAAGAAACUGGUCUAUUAAGAGCUGAUACUAAAUGGAGUGAUGUUUUUUCUUUAAUUAAAGAAGAUGAUAGAUUUAUUGGGUUAUUAGGAAGAAUGGGUUCGAAUCCAAUUGAAUUAUUCUGGGAUGUUAUUGAUGAAGAAGAAUUGUUAGUCAGAGCUAAGAAAGAUAUCGUGGAACAACUAUUACUUCAUAAUGAUUUUGUUGUUAAAGAUGAUGUUGAUUUAGCUAAACAAAAAUCAGAAUUAAUCAAAAUUUUACAAAAAGAUGAACAAACUAAAGAUUAUGAUGAAGAUACAAUUGAAUUAAUUUAUGAUAGAAUCUUACAACAGAUCAAAGAACAAAAAGAAAAAGAUAAAUUUGCAUACGAACGUAAAAUUAGAAGAUUACAAGAAGAUUUUAGAUCAUUUUUAAGAAAAUUUGAUAAUCCAAAAAUUACAAUCGAAACUAAGUGGGAAGAUAUUAAACCAAAAAUUGAAAAAGAACCUGAAUAUUUGGAACUACCAGACGAUAGAACAAGAUUAAUUGCAUUUGAAAAAUUUAUAACAAGAUUGAAAGAGAAAAAAAUUGAACUUGAAGCUAAUAAAGAACGUGAAUUGAAGAGAAUUAUUGAAGAAGCUUCAAAGGCAAGAGAAGAACAAAAAUCAAAGAAAAGAGCAUUGUCUCCAAAGCCACCGGUGGAAGAAUUAGAUUAUUGA